UGUAGUAAAGGUUACAAUUGAUUCUUAGUUGCGUAUCAUCAAUUUUUGCGUGUAAUGGCAAUACCUGCACAAAAAUCGUUUGGUUUCUUAGCUUUUUUAGGCCAGUGUUUGCUUAUUUUUCCAGUUGAAGGCGUUAGGAGUAAAAAUUACUCCUUCGUACGCUUCUCAUGGCUCUCUACUAGAACCGCCAUUUCAGUAAUUUUAACACUUACCACCGGUUUUUUAGCAGUAUUAUUUUUCAACUAUAUAGUGCAUCAGAAAGAGAAAUUUGUAUAUUCGUCUGGGUUUGUUUAUAUACUGACAGUGUUCCUAUACGAAGCAUAUUUUAUUCAUAUCGCAAAAAGAUGGAAAUAUUUUUUGAAACAAUGGGCCGAAGUAGAUGUCUAUAUGCAAAACUAUCCUAUAGCAGAAAACUAUCAUCAGAAAAUGAGGAAUGUUGCUAUAAUAUUUAUGGUUUUUGGAGUAGGUGAACAUAUUUUCUUUAUGUGUUCCCAGAGAAUAAUCAGGCCAAAUAUGACGUUUGGAGAAAGCUUGGAUAUAUAUUUUAAAUAUACCUUUAAUUAUGUAUUCUUUGUUAUUCCUUACCACAGAUUUAUUGGAUAUGUUUUGCAGAUUAUUAACUGGCUAUCUACACUGGUUUGGAGUUUUGCUGACAUAUAUUUGAUAGUAAUGAGCAUUCCUGUAAGUUUCCAUAUUCGACAAAUAGAAAGAAAAUUGGAAGCGCUGAUUCAUUAUCAGAUUAAAGAAGAAUAUCAAUGGCAAAAUGUUAGAGAACAUUUCAACAAAGUAUGUGAAAUAUGUGAAUACACAGAAAAUUAUAUUACCCAUAUAUUAGUAAUUUCCUUUGGAAAUAAAUUAUUCGUCGUUAUAUAUCAGCUUUUACAAUUUAUAAUCAUAUAUGAACAAGGGAAACGUUAUGCCGAGGAUUCAAGUCUAAUACAACGAUUGUAUUUUAGUUUAUCCUUUGUCAUUAUUUUAUCCAGAUUAGUUAUCGUAAAUUGGUUUACAGCCUCCAUUGAUUCUGACAGCGAAGAAGUAACUAAAACACUACUUUCAGUACCGAGUGAUAUUUACAAUGAGGAAGUGGAUCGAUUUGUGCUGUGCAUGGCAGUUAGCCCUCCAGCAUUUAGCGGUCUUAAAAUGUUUAAAGUAACAAAAUCGCUAAUUUUAAAGAUUGCUACAUCUGUAAUUGUUUAUGAAUUGGUUGUAAUAAAAUUUCAAAGUUAUAGUAAAAGUUAAUUGUAAUAGUAUCACAAAGUGUUACAUUGUAUAUGUUUUAUGGGUUUAAAAGUAUUAAGAAAUAAAUAUUUUGCAGUAA